CUCCCGCCCGCGCCGCGCCGCUCGCCGCCGCAGCUCCCGGACCCGGAGGAUUAUGAGCGAGCCAUGAGGCGGCUGCGGGGCUGGGCGAUCGCGGCGCUGCUGCUGCUGCUGCUGCCGCUGCUCCCCCUGCCCGGUCUGGGGACCCGGGGUCCUGCCGGAGCUCUGCGCUGGCGGCUCUCUCCCCAGCUGGGGGGCCCGGAAGCCCCGGAGGUCACAGAGCCCAGCCGUCUGGUGGGGGGGAGCUCCGGGGGAGAGGUCCCAAAGCAGCAGUUGGACACCAGGGUCCGUCAGGAGCCUCCAGGAGGCCCGCCCGUCCACCUGGCCCAGGUGAGCUUUGUUAUCCCAGCCUUCAACUCGAACUUCACGCUGGACCUGGAGUUGAACCAUCACCUUCUUUCUUCACAAUACGUGGAACGCCACUUCAGCCGGGAGGGGACAACCCAGCACAGCACCGGGACUGGCGACCACUGCUACUACCAGGGGAAGCUCCGAGGGAACCCCCACUCCUUUGCGGCCCUGUCCACCUGCCAGGGGCUGCAUGGGGUCUUCUCUGAUGGGAACUUCACCUACAUCGUGGAGCCCCGAGAGAUGGCUGGGCCUCGGGAACCUCCCCAGGGACCCCUUCCCCACCUCAUUUACCGGACCCCUCUCCUCCCAGCUCCCCUCGGAUGCAGGGAACCAGGCUGCCUGUUUGCUGCCCCUGCCCACCCUGCUCCUCCCAACCGGCCGAGGCUGAGAAGGAAAAGGCAGGUCCGUCGGGGGCACCCUACAGUGCACAGUGAGACCAAGUAUGUGGAGCUGAUCGUGAUCAACGACCACCAGCUGUUUGAGCAGAUGCGACAGUCGGUGGUCCUCACCAGCAACUUUGCCAAGUCCGUGGUGAACCUGGCAGACGUGAUGUACAAAGAGCAGCUCAACACCCGCAUCGUGCUGGUUGCCAUGGAAACGUGGGCAGAUGGGGACAAGAUCCAGGUACAGGACGACCUCCUGGAGACCCUGGCCCGGCUCAUGGUCUACCGGCGGGAGGGCCUGCCUGAGCCCAGUGAUGCCACCCACCUCUUCUCGGGCAGGACUUUCCAGAGCACCAGCAGCGGGGCUGCCUACGUGGGGGGCAUCUGCUCACUGUCCAGGGGUGGGGGUGUGAACGAGUAUGACAACAUGGGGGCCAUGGCGGUGACGCUGGCCCAGACGCUGGGGCAGAACCUGGGCAUGAUGUGGAAUAAACACCGGAGCUCAGCAGGGGACUGCAAAUGUCCGGACAACUGGCUGGGUUGCAUCAUGGAGGACACUGGGUUCUACCUGCCCCGCAAGUUCUCGCGCUGCAGCAUCGACGAGUACAACCAGUUUCUGCAAGAGGGCGGCGGGAGCUGCCUCUUCAACAAGCCUCUCAAGCUCCUGGACCCGCCUGAGUGCGGGAACGGCUUCGUGGAGGCGGGGGAGGAGUGCGACUGCGGCUCGGUGCAAGAGUGCAGCCGCUCGGGCGGGAACUGUUGCAAGAAAUGCACCCUGACUCACGACGCCAUGUGCAGCGAUGGGCUCUGCUGUCGCCGCUGCAAGUACGAGCCGCGGGGUGUGUCUUGUCGAGAGGCCGUGAACGAGUGCGACAUCGCGGAGACCUGCACCGGAGACUCGAGCCAGUGUCCCCCUAACCUCCACAAGCUGGAUGGCUACUACUGUGACCAUGAACAGGGCCGCUGCUAUGGAGGUCGCUGCAAAACCCGGGACCGGCAAUGCCAGGCCCUUUGGGGCCAUGUGGCUGCUGAUCGCUUCUGCUACGAGAAACUGAAUGUGGAGGGGACAGAGCGUGGGAACUGUGGCCGUAAGGGGUCAGGCUGGGUCCAGUGCAAUAAACAGGACGUGCUCUGUGGCUUCCUCCUCUGUGUCAACAUCUCUGGAGCUCCUCGCCUGGGGGACCUAGGGGGAGACAUCAGCAGUGUCACUUUCUACCACCAGGGCAAGGAGCUGGACUGCAGGGGUGGCCAUGUGCAGCUGGCUGAUGGCUCAGACCUGAGCUACGUGGAGGACGGCACAGCCUGCGGGCCCAACAUGCUGUGCCUGGACCAUCGCUGCCUGCCAGCCUCUGCCUUCAACUUCAGCACCUGCCCGGGCAGUGGGGACCGUCGGAUCUGCUCCCACCAUGGGGUCUGCAGCAACGAAGGGAAAUGCAUCUGUCAGCCAGACUGGACAGGCAAAGACUGCAGUAUCCACAACCCCCUGCCCACGUCUCCACCCACGGGGGAGACAGAGAGAUAUAAGGGUCCCAGCGGCACCAACAUCAUCAUUGGCUCCAUCGCCGGGGCUGUCCUGGUUGCAGCCAUCGUCCUGGGCGGCACGGGCUGGGGAUUUAAAAACAUCCGCCGGGGAAGGUCCGGAGGGGCCUAAGUGCCACCCCCUCCCUCCGAGCCUGGCGCACCCGCCGUCUCUGCCCUGAACCAGGAGGCUGCCCCCAACCCAGCCACGGAGGGAGGCACCAUGCAAAUGUCUUCCGGGCCCAGCCCUUCAACUCCUGGCCCCACAGGGGUCUGGGGCCGGGUUGCGGCCCUGCCCUCACACCACCAGGGUGGACCAGGCCUGGAGGGCAGUUCCCCCAUGGUCCCCCACCCCACCUCAUGCGGCUUUGGCCUUGUCCACCAACCCUCCCUGUGUGAAUGUAGCUUCCAUCAUCAUGGAUUGCCACAGCUCAAGUCGGGCAGGGGGAGGGCUAGAGGGGUGCCCCCGUGGGGCAGGCAGCCACCAGUGGAUGUGGCUUGGGAUGACCCCCUUCUCAAAACCAGGCACUGGGACCAGGCAGCUGGAGCCCAGGGGGAGGGGGCUGCCAUCUACAUUUUUUUUUUUUUACUGCAGCUCAACUAAUGAAUGUAACUUUGGGGGUGCUGGGGCCAGUUGUGGGGGUGUUUUGACAUUUGAAGGGGGAACUGGAGGAGCUGAGGCCCGGCCAUCCCUCGGGGCUCCCCACCCCACCCCAGGGAUGGUCACACCUGGAAUUUUCUCACCGGAGGAACACAGGCGUCCCCAAGCCAGCAGGGGCCUGGCCUCCCUACUUGCCCCCUCCGCCCAGCCCUGCUGAGCUUGGAGAGAAGUCGAGUGCUGAUUCAAACCAAAGCUGCCUGUUCCGUGCCCAAGGCCUAUGCUGUGGGCACGGCGACCACACGUCCCAGAUUGUCUUCAAUUCCAAAAUGACCAUCCUGCUGUCCCUGCCAAGACACGUGUAUGGGGGGGCGGUCCUAGAAAAUAUAGUCCCUGAAAUAACAUGGCACCUUCCCCCUUUCAAGAAGGGUGAUUCUGGGGCUGACUCAGGGUUUAGGUGGCCCCUGCUUGGCCUGAAGGUCCCAGGCUGGGCUGUCUCCCCAGGGAGUGCUCUCCCAAGGAGGGGAGGCCAGGGGUGGCCCAGUGCCUGGAGGGUUAGAGGCUCUGUCCGUGCUGUGCAAGUGGAGGUAGGAAAAGGCAGGUCUCGUGUUUGAUCCUCAGCUUCUAGAAAAGUCCUCAAGGCCCUGUCCAACCCAUUCUGCUCUGUAACCCCCGUCCAGGGCCGAGUAGUUUACACUUGUUUUCCCCAUUAGUCUCCGAUCCCUGUUGCAGGCCAGCCUGAGGCUGAGGCCAGGCAGAAUCCCUCAGUUCCCCUGCAAACCCACCCCUGCCUGUGGCCUCGCCUCACGACUGCUCACCUGGGACAGAGAAGCUCUGGCUCCUUUGACUCUGAAAAACAGCAUGAGGAGGCGAGUUGGGAGUCAAGCUACCUUCUGGAUGAAAGCCACCAGAUGAACGGAGCCCCUCUUCCCAGGGAUACCCCAACCCAGACUCAGCAGGGGUUUCUGACUAGCCCAGGGCCUCGGAGCUUCCCAUCUCAGUCCCUCUGGAGUAACUUUGAGAAGGAACCCGGGAAGAAAUAGCUCUCCUGUUUACCUGUCCCACCCAUCAAGGCAAACUGAGGACUGAGACCCUCUGACAACCUUUAAGUAGCCAGAUGUGGCUGCAGUGGGGUCCUUGAUACUGAGCUCCAGCUGGCACUGCCUAAGCAAGGGGGGUGGGCAGGGUACCCCACUGGCCAGUCCUGCCCCACCAGCCACAUAGGCUGAGGCAGGGGCAGGAGGCUGAGGACUGAAUUUUGCACUAUUGAUGUGGUACCAUAAGGCCUCCUCUGGUGGUAAACACAGGCACAUGGGUGGCGAUGCAUCUGGCACAAGCAUUUGGAUCCACAUCUCCGCACAAGUGUGAAUACCUCUGCACACACGGGACCUGUCUGUGUGUGCGUGCACAUGGGGGUGGGGAUGUGGAGAAGGCAAUACUUCCAGUAACCAGUCCACCUUGCUCCCACUGUCUGCAUCCUCCUGGCCCACCCUGGCAGUGCCCAGGGAGGAACAAAGGCUGCACUGACCCGGGCCUGGAACUGGCUCCAUACAGCAUCCUGUAAAUAUGUCAUCUGGGGCUCGGGGGGCGGGGGGAGGCAGGACAGGACCAUCAAUUAAAGAUCAUGUCGGGGCUUCCAUGGAGCUCACACCAA